AUGAUCGAACCGGUGGUGCAAUACCACGGGAAAUGGCCGUUCCAUCGGUUCCUGGGCAUCCAAGAGCCCUUCUCUGUUCUCUUCUCGCUGCUGAACUUCCUGGCGCACCGAGAAGGCAUGGCGCGGCUCCGCGAGAAGAUCCCGGCCCAAUAUCCGCUGCGACCGUACUACCUGGGGUUCGGGUAUUUCGGGCUGGCCAGCUGGAUCUUCAGCAUGCUCUUCCACACGCGCGACUUCAACGUCACGGAGAAACUGGACUACUUCGCCGCCGGGGCCAGCGUGCUCUACGGGCUCUACUACGCGCCGAUCCGCAUCUUCCGGCUCGACCAGGCCGACGCCACCAAAAAGAGCAUUCUGCGGGUCUGGACGGUGUUUUGCCUCUUGCUGUACCUCGCCCACAUCACGUACCUGACCGCUUGGAGUUGGGAUUACACGUACAACAUGGCGGCCAACGUCGUGGUCGGCCUCGUCCAGAAUGUCCUGUGGUCCUGGUUCAGUUUGUCGCGGUACCGCCAGCUUCACAAGUCGUGGACCGUCUGGCCUGGUAUGAUUGUUGCGUGGAUCGCCCUGGCGAUGAGUCUGGAGCUGUUUGAUUUCCCGCCCGUCGGGGGUAUGAUUGACGCCCACAGUCUGUGGCAUUUGGGGACGGUGGUCCCGACGGUGUGGUGGUAUAGCUUUCUUAUCAAGGAUGCUCAAGAAGACCUGGCCAGUCAACGGCUGAAAGCUUGA